GUAAAGGGACAAAAAUACCAAGAGAACGAUAACCAGACAAGGUAAAGUGGUGAACUUCUUUUUCGAUCUUCUGAAGCAGCAGAUCGAAACUUAAAAACCCAUACAGAGAAAACAUGUAUCAUCCCACCAGAGGUGGUGUUCGCGGUGGUCGAGAUCAAUUUAGCUGGGAGGAUGUGAAGGUUGAUAAACAUCGAGAAAACUAUCUAGGUCACAGUCUCAAGGCUCCUGUUGGAAGAUGGCAAAAAGGGAAAGAUCUACACUGGUAUGCCAGAGAUAAAAAAUCUAUGCUCUCAGAUGCGGAGGCUGCAAAAGAAGAGAUACGGAAGAUCAAAGAAGAGGAGGAGCAGGCAAUGAGGGAGGCUCUUGGCUUAGCUCCCAAGAGUGCUAGCCGCCCUCAAGGUAAUCGAUUGGAUAAGCAUGAGUUUUCAGAACUUGUGAAACGAGGCUCUACUGCAGAAGAUGUAGGAGCAGGGCACGCUGAAGCAGCUAAAGUUCAAGGCCUUGGUUUUUCUAGAGCACCCCGCCUUGGGGAAGAAUCAAGUUCUUUUCAACCCAGCCUAAAGGCAGAGUCACUUGAGAAGGUGAACACGCCUAUGCCUGCUCCAUCCGAAAGGAAGCACAAGGAAGAAGGGCCAGAGGAUGAAAGUAACCGGAAGAAAAGGAAGCACAGAGUGGAGGAGAAACACGAUAAGCAUGAAAAGCGAGAGAAGAAGCGGCAUUCUCGGGAUUCAGAUGACAAGAGGAGACACAAGAAAGACAAGGAGAGAAGACGACAUGAUUCUGACUGAAAAACUCGGGACAUCUGAGAUUGUGUAACAUGGGGUUCAGAGGGGUGAAUUGCAUUAGAGUCCUAAAAUUUUAGUAAUCCCCAACUGUAUUUCUGGUAAAGUCUAUUUAUUUUUCCAGUGUAAAAAUUAUUUAUCUUAUUUUUAGUUCAAGGCUGCCCCCUCUAUUCUAAAUUUCUA